GUGGCAGAGGCGCUCCCGCCACUAAUAUUAAGAACAUCAAACAAAACUUGAAAAUAAAAAUACAGUGAACGCUAUCGGAUUUUUUUUAAUAACACAAAAGUUUUAGUGGCCAAAUUAAUAAAUAAACUUUAUAUAUAUUUUAAGUGAUAUUUAAUUCGGACACGCAUAGAUGUUGAUUAGCCGGCAUCGCGUUUGAAAUUCGAAUCACUUGUCAGGGUCCGAUUUGCGUUUAUCGUGAACGUGUUAAAUUGUGCAAGGAGUUUUUAAAAAGGAGUUAAUUUCGGAAUCCACGAUGGUGGUACGAGUAGCGACUGACGAGCGUCCCUUCGAGACGCCAUCCUCAGAUGAGAGUGGCAUGGGACGCAGCGAUUCACCCAGCGACGCUGAACCUGAAGCAGCAUUGGUAGUACCACCAGACGGCGGGUGGGGUUGGGUAGUGGUCUUCGCAUCGUUCAUGUGCAAUUUCUUCGUCGACGGCAUCAUAUUUUCCGGUGGAAUGCUCAAAGAUGGUAUCAAAAAGGACUUUAAGAUUAGUGAAGGGGAAGUGGCUACGGUGAAUUCAUUACUAGCCGGUUUUUAUCUUCUGGCUGGACCUUUCAUAUCGGCUCUAGCGAACAAGUACGGUUUUCGUUGCGUGACCAUCGCGGGUAGUAUCAUUGCCAGCAGCGCCUUUGCUAUAUCUUACUAUGCUGAUGGUGUCAUCUUUCUAUACAUAAUCUACGGAGUUAUUGGAGGAAUUGGCCUUUGCAUGAUCUAUAUGCCAGCAGUUCUCACGGUUGGAUUCUAUUUUGAGAAAUGGCGCGCGUUAGCUACAGGCCUUGCUCUUUGUGGUUCUGGUGUAGGAACUUUUGUGAUGGCUCCACUCACCGAUAAACUCAAUGAAUCAUUUGGCUGGAGAGUUACCGUUCUAGUCCAUGCAGGAACCCUACUGUCGUGCAUUGUGUUCGGAGCCAUGUUCCGACCAAUCGAGCCAGUCCGCGUGACUCUAGACGAUUCUAGCGAAGACGAUGAAGCGCGUCGCCAUGAAGAAGCCGUUGAGAAACUCAACAGCAUGCUCAAGCUUCAAUCUAAAUUUGACUCUGGCAUUUCCAUGCCACAUGAAAGAUUUACCAAUAAAGUUACACCCCACACAUGGAUGGGAGUAGCUAAUAACACUCGAUAUCCCACAGCCGAAGAAGUGUUCCGUGGCAGCAAUUCCCACUUAACACAGUACAGUCGACGUUCAUCAGCCAACGCCGGUGCCAUUAAGAAUACUCUCGGAAACAAACCACUAUUUAUCGAUGUACCAGUGGUUGAGAAAGACGAACAGGAAGACUCCAAUAGUAACAUUGACAACACCGAACCACUUAUCACCUCUAAAGUAAAGAUUGUGCCUGUGAACUAUAACUCUCGACGUUCUCAUGCAGAUCUUGCCAGACCUCUGUAUCGAGACGACAUUUUCUUCGGCGCAAGUUUGACUAGAUUACCUCAAUAUACCUCGCGCACAUCGUUAGGUUACCAUUUGGCCGUUACUCAUGUCCCUACUAAGGAAGAUGCCCAGGAAGAACAAUCGAACAAAUGCCGUUUUUGCCCAGAGGCCGUGAGGAGGGCAUUAGCUACUAUGUUAGAUAUUAACCUCUUCCUUUCACCGACUUUCGUGAUUCUGGCCGUGAGUGGACUCUUCACAAUGUUAGGAUUCUUCGUGCCAUACAUGUACAUCAAACAGAGAGCACUAGAUAACAAUGUGAGCAAAAUGAGCAGCGACUGGUUGGUGUCUGCUAUUGGAGUAUCGAACAUCGUCGGCCGUAUUAUCUGCGGCAUGGUCUCGUCGAUGCCGAAGGUUUCACCUCUGUGGUUGAACAACAUAGCUUUAUCCGCUGGCGGCAUCGCUACCAUGUUGAGUGGGCUUCACUACAGCGACGCCUAUCAAUUCGGUUAUACCGUCGUUUUUGGACUUGCUGUCGCUUGCUUCGCAUCAUUGCGGUCCAUCUUGGUUGUGGAAUAUUUGGGAUUAGAAAAGCUGACGAAUUGCUUCGGUCUUUUCCUCCUCUUUCAAGGACUUGGAGCCUUACUAGGCAAUCCCAUAGCCGGUAUUCUAUACGACCAAACGCAAAGUUACGAAAUACCGUUCUACGUGUCCGGUAGCUUCUUGCUAUUCUCUGCUGUAAUGUGUUACCCAGUCGACUGGGUCAGUAAAUGGGAGAAGUCUCGCAAAAAAUACAACGACUCUACGAGCAUUAUGGGCUAAACUCUGAACAGCGAGUUCAAUGCGAGUGUUACGCCUGAACCGUGAGUUCAACGCGACAUAUCUGGGACGAGAGACAUUGGUGCCAAAAGAACCUCCAAACAGAAUUAGUACAUCUAUUUCUGGGCUGGACGACCUCCUAGUGCAUACACAGUGUUAUUUCUUAGGCUGGCAUUCGAUGAUAGCUUUACCGUUUUUUACACGCCUUGAAUACGAGCCUUGGAAAAAUUCUUCGCCCUCUUCCCGUUUCACAUAGAGGAAAAUUGUAUAACAUUAUUCUCUGUUAUUGAGAGAAUAAUCAAAAAUAUGUUGACUUAACCAAAAGAACCUCAAAAUAUGAAAUUACGGUUGAAAUACACAUUCCCUUCGGAAAGCCAAUAAAAGACAAAACUGCAAGGGACGGUUGUUGUAGCAGUGGGCUCAGUUAAGUCGUUAAAUGCAUUUAAAAUAGGUUUAGAUUAAAAAAAAGUACAAAGACUCUGAUAUGAAAUAUGUAGGAUUAUUCCACAAUUAUGUAGAAAAAAAAUUCCGGCACUAGAUGUUUGAAGCCAAAAGUGUUAUUGCAGAAAAGAAAUGAUAAAUUUAUGUACCUAUUAGAACUUGAUCCCGAAAAUGAUGCACAGUGUAAAGACUAUUGUUACUUUUUAUACACAUUACAUUGUAAGAUACAUCAUAUCAGAAUGCAGGAGUGACUGUAACGUAAUAUUUGUGCCUUAUUGUACGGUGUGAUUGUCUACACGUUAAAGUAGUUAGUUUGUUAUAUUGUACUUGUUGGAACAGAUGUUUCAAAUGUCCGUUGUAUUUUAUUUAAAAUAGUUCGUAGAAACAAACUUUUUUUUUUUGUUUUAAAUUGUAUGAAACUCUUAGGUUUAAGUGCUACAAUGUGGCUGUGGUCCUUUUAGAAUAUUUAAACGGUUAUAAAUAAGAAAUCAUAGUCAUUAUCAGUCUUCCAUAAAUAAUUUUUGUGCCUGCGUAUUUCUAUAUCAACUAUAAUACCUCGAUCUUAGCUAACUUGCGUAUUUGCAAGAUUUGUGUCGCAGGGGUAUGUUAAAAUCAGAGAUUAUCAAAUCUCUACAACGGAUAUGAUCAAAUGACAGGACAUGUUAAUUUUAACAUUUCAAACAAUUAUGUAAAUUAUAAGAAAAAUGAAAAUUUACUAAAACAAGUACCUAUUUCAUAGCACAAAUUGAACUGACAAAUAUCGUUCACCAUUUCACUGAAUUAUUUUUUGAUAAGUCUAGUGAUUUGGUCAAUACAUUUGUUGCAAAUUCAACAUAUCACUGCGACAUAUGCAUAUUUGUGAGAUAUUUAGAGACUCUUUCCACACUUGUGGUAUGCAGAAACGGAGUUAUACCAUUUUCAUAAAAUUACUUAAUUUACUAUCUAUAUUCAAAUAUUGGAGUAAAAUUAAAUUGUGCAUUAUUAUUGGAAUAGGCGAG